UUUGAAUUUCUAUCCUCAUUUUUAGUUCCUUGGUAGAAGGAUCCAUGGACUCAGGUCUUGCCUCGUCAAGAGGAGGUUAGAGUUCACCUAUUAUGAGGACGCCCAGCAGGUGGAUAUCUCCACCACAGUGGAGGGGUUCCAGGAGAGGGGGGAUGACAUGAUGGCGUAUCAGUUCUCUACCUCUGACAUUAUCACCAUCCCUCAUGAGCCGUCCUCUGGCUCCUCUCACCAGUUCCCCCAGGAUUCUCCACCUCCCCCUCCGCCUCCCCCAUUCCCUUCCGAUUCCCCUCCACCUUACCACUUCACCCAGGACCAGGCCCAGGACCAGACCCCUGACAGCACUCCUCAGGAGUUUGUGGAGGAGCAACAUAAUGUUGCAGAUGUGCCCCAGCUGUGGAGUUACUUUGGAAACCAAGGGACAACCAACUUCUCUCUGAGGCUGGCCUGUAUCCGACGUGCUAUGGAGGCUCUGACAUCCUCAGACAGUUCCUCCCUUAAUUACCUCACCCACGCUGGGAGGAUGGUGUUGAGUGGACUGUCCAAGCUCAACCAGCAGGAUGUGAGGCAGUUUCAGCAGGCCUAUGACAUCCUGGUGAACUUCAUUAAUGAGCCAGCAAACAGGGAGCGACUAGAGCUGGAGAUGGCUCUUGUAGGAAGGCCUGGUACCUUCUUUUAUCUGCUCAUGGAAGUGAUCAUGAGGAUUCGCCCUCCUGGAGGAGCCUGGACAGAGUCUGCUGGGAACUUCUACCUCCUCAUUAAGGAUCAGAUGAAGGCGUGGUUGGACUCCAUCUUCAACCUUGAUGAGUCCAUCUAUGAAAGCCCACAGAGGCUCUCGUGGCAGGUGAUGGUGAAUCUAGAAAUGCAGGUUGACUUCCUCCUGUCCAGCCUGGAUUAA